AUGUUUCCAAUUAAAUGCGAACUGAUGCACUCAGCAGCAGCUGUCAUUGCAGGUCUUCUACUAGAUGUGAUCCUCUCCUGCAUCUUGAAACUAGUGAUUCAACGACCUCGCCCUGAUUAUAAUAUCAAUGAUCAGAAAUUCGAAGCUCCAAUUGCUGAUAAGUUCUCGUUUCCCUCUGGACACAGCCUCUAG